ACAGAGUGUAAUAACAUCGGGCUCUCUCGAAGUGAAUCAGAGUUAGCGGAGACAGUGUCCGUACAGAAGAAAUGCAAGCUCUGCGACUGAGCAAGAAAACGACGACGCUCUCUUCCCGUGCUCUCUUCCUCGCCGCUUCCUCUUCCUCGUUCCCAUGCCGAACCAUAACCACUCUCCGACCCUCUCCGCAGCCGUCACCCGCCUGUCACUCUGACACCAAUCGGAGCGCCGACACAUGGCUCUCCCUUACCAUCAGCAACCUCCUCCUCCGCUCUCCUUGGUCUGUCACUCAACAUCGCGGAAUUAAAGUCUCCGGUUCCGAUGUCAAAGUUGGAAAUGUGAUCGAAAAAAAAGGACGUAUGUACCAGGUCGUAAAGACAGAUCAUUCCCAUGAAGGAAGAGGCAAAGCUACGAUAAAGGUGGAGCUUCGCGACAUUGAAAGUGGAAAUAAAGUAUCCCAACGACUGGGUACCGAUGAGAAUGUUGAAAAGGUCUAUGUUCGAGAGCAAACUUACAUGUAUAUGUGCACAGAUCGCAAUGGUACUAUAGUGCUGAUGAACGUUGAAACAUUUGAUCAGCUGGAAGUUUCCCAGGAGUUGUUUGGCAAAGAUGCUAAGUAUCUACAAGGUGAUAUGAGAGUUACAGUAAGGCUUUAUGAUGAUACACCUUUAUCUGCAUCGGUUCCAAAACGUGUGACAUGUAUUGUCAAGGAAGCACAACCUUCUAUGAUUUCGGCCACGCCUAAGGAUAAAAAGGUUGUAUUGGACAAUGGCAUGACCAUCGAGGUACCAGCGUUUAUUGUAGCUGGUGAUGCUGUAGCUAUCAAUACUGAGACCGACUCUUACAUUGAAAGGGCUUAAGGCAUAAUAUUGUAAUGGUUUUAUUCUGAAGGACAGUUGGAACGUCAUUUGUUCACCAUGCAUGUCUCUGAUUCCUGUGGAAACCAGUCUUCGAUUUUGUUAUUUUAGAUGAUUUUUUCAAACCGAAAAAAGGUCUAUAAACUUCAGGUAUGUAAGAUCAAAAGGUCUCCUAAAUUCUACGAAAGUGGAGUGAGGCAAUGGGAAAUAGCACGAUUUGGGGAACAUGGGUAAGUUUUUACAAUUUUCUCGGUAUUAGUGCAUGCUGUUUUGGUACUUCUAAGAGUUCAUGAGAGGAGAAGAAGAUGAUGUAAAUUGCUCAUUGCUGCUCUUUUAUAUUUCUAACACAUAAUAAGACGUAAUUUAAUGCAAUGAUGCAUUACCUUUUACAUGGUAGGGAUACAUUACCUUUCAAUAUUAAAUGAUUAAAUCAACCAUUUUUUAUCAGCAUAAA